UUAUUUGUCAUUUCUUAUUCUCAAAUAAUGGAAUUGAAUUGUGUUCAGUUUCUUCAAAACAAGACGAUUCUUGUCACCGGCGCUACCGGUUUCCUUGCGAAGGGUAGGUUCUUUAAUUUUCCAUUUGAUUUUGAUGUGAAGAAGCUGUACCUUGUGGUGAGAGCAUCCGACAAUGAAGCCGCGACAAAACGCUUGAAGGCAGAGGUACUCGAGAAAGUUCUUUUUAAGGUGUUGAGGGAGAAUCUUGGAGAAGAGAAUUUGAAUACAUUGUUGUCCGAAAAAAUUGUCCCGGUCGCAGGUGAUAUCUCGACCAAUGAUUUGGGCGUGAAGGACUCUAAUCUCAGAGAACGUAUGCAAAAUGAAAUCGAUGUUGUUGUUAAUGUCGCAGCCACAACAAACUUUGACGAAAGAUAUGAUGUCGGGCUUGGAAUCAACACAUUUGGAGCUCUCAAUGUCCUUAACUUUGCCAAAAAAUGUGUUAAAGCACAAUUGCUUCUCCAUGUCUCAACUGUCUUCUAUUUUUCUCUAGCUUAUGUUUGUGGAGAAAAGCCGGGUCUCAUAAGGGAAAAACCAUUUGCAAUGGAAGAGAUUCGUAGUAAGAAUGGUCUUCAAUUGGAUAUAAACCUUGAAAUGGAACUGAUGAAGCAAAGAUUGAAAGAACUCCAUGAACAAGAUUGUCCAGAAGAGGAGAUUGAUCUCUCCAUGAAAGAACUUGGAAUGGAAAGGGCCAAACUUCAUGGAUGGCCGAACACAUAUGUUUUCACCAAAUCAAUGGGAGAGAUGCUUCUUGGUAACCAUAGAGAACAUCUUCCUCUGGUCAUUAUCCGUCCCACGAUGAUCACAAGCACUCUUUAUGAACCAUUUCCUGGUUGGAUCGAAGGGCUAAGAACUGUAGAUAGCGUGAUUAUUGCAUACGGAAAAGGAGUGCUCAAGUGUUUUCUUGUCGAUGUGAACUCAGUCUGCGAUAUGAUACCCGUGGAUAUGGUGGCAAACGCGAUGAUCACGGCUGCUGCUACACAUGCCGGAGGUUCAGGGAUUUACAUGGUGUACCAUGUGGGUUCAUCUCACCAGAAUCCAGUGACAUUUGGUGACAUUCAUGAGAUCGCGGUUCAUUAUUUCACCAAAAACCCUUUGCGCAGUCGCAAUGGCUCGCUCAUAGCCGUCUCAAAAAUGAGGCUCAUAUCAACCAUGGCUUCGUUCAGCCUCUACAUGACCAUACGUUUCAAACUACCUCUACAGGUACUAAUAUUAUUGAAAUUAAUUGACCUAAUAUAUCCUUGGAGAAACGGAGAUAUAUACGGAGACAAGAACCGCAAGAUCAAAUUGGGGAUGCGACUGGUAGAGCUUUACGAGCCUUACGUACUCUUCAAGGGCAUGUACGUAUUAGUUCUUUUUCUUUUUACAUUUGACGAUAGAAAUACUAAGAGCUUAUGUGCCAAUCAAAAGAAAGCAGAGAGCAAAAAUUCAAAAGGAUCGAUGUUUGAUUUCGACCCAAAAGGCAUUAAUUGGGAAGAUUAUCUCACAAAUAUACAUAUCCCUGGCCUCAUCACACACGUGCUUAAAAAAUAA